AUGUGCUGCUAUCCAGUGCUAGCCACGUUGCUGGUUACUAUCAUCCUACACACAAGCGCGAUUGCCUCGCCCGAGCCAAAUCUGGCGACUGCUAGCGUCCAGUCAGAGCGUCUUCGAUCUCAUGAAUUGGGUGAUAGAGUCAAGGAGAGGUCUCUCAAGGCCGAGGAAGGUAUUUCAAAAGCAAUCGACAGCGAAGAGAGGGUGACGCUUGAACCCCUUGAGGAUGAGGCCGAAAAGCUACCAACUAUCCUCAACAAGGCAGGAGUCUCAACACGUUCAGAUGCACCACCACCUGCUAAAGUCAUGGAAGCUGUUGAAGCUUUGAAAGGAACAGCAGGCGCAAAAGCAAAAGAAGGUGAAAAAGCUGGAGAAUCGAUUAAGGACAAAGAGACCUCACAAGCUUCAAAAAAGCCGACAACUACAGUAAACGUCAACCCCACCGAAGGAACCCCAGCAACGGCAAACGUUUAUAUCGUUAAGCCUACGGAAGACGCCUCAGCAACGGCAAAUGCCAAACCGAGAAGCUUACUUCAACGUUUACUGAAGAAGAUAAAGGACAUACUCUUCAAAAUCCUUAGUUGGUUCCACACGAAGGAUUCAAAGCCUGCUCCUCAUAACUCAAUUAAUGUUAUCCAGGACACUACAACUACACCAGCUGCCCAUGUCAACGAUCCAAAGCAUGAACCGAAACCGGCUACAAAACCAACCAUUCAUGUGACAGAUCCCAUACCAGGACCGAAGAUCAAUGUGAAACCAACUUGGUAUGUACCGCCGACAUAUGAUCCAGCGCGAUUCCCCAGCUACAUGCCUCCAAUUUUUACGAAGCCAGAACACGUGUAUCCAACAGCUGAGAGUCCUGGCAUGAAAUAUUCAGACUUGUACUACGGCACAUCGGAUGCAGAAGCUGAUGAUGUUGUAUUUCUAAUUGUUGAUAAAUUCCCAAGCUCCGACAUACAUCCACGCGGUAUGCUUCAUAUUAUCGGCAGCGACGGCAAACGUUACUUUUUAGACCCCGAUCAGGUCGAAUCACUUCAACUACCUUUACAAAAAUGA